GCUGCAAUUUCAAUGAAUUGAUAUACCCUAGUCAGCUUCGUCAACAAAAUGAAGAAACGGUUGUCCCUCUGAGCUUACAACUUCACAAGACAACACAAAACCAAGCACAGUGCUACUGAAUUACAUUGAGAAAAGUUGUAGAAUCUUGGAAAAGGUUUCACUUUGAGGGGGUAAAGAAACUAAGUUUUGUUGUAGAAAUUCCUCUGCAUGAUUGAUGCCCAUAUAAAAGGAAAUAACUGAUAUUUACAUGAGUUGGUGGGCAAGAUGACUUAUACAGUUUCACCUCAGAACUCUGGAGUUGAAAUUCGUUGCUUGCAUACAUGCUUUACACAACCCAGGACCAGUUGUUCAAAUGUGAAAGCAUCAACUGUUGAUCUGAAUUUUUUUUCGAAAUGUAGUCACGGAAAUCAAUCAUGUUUGCAGUGCAGAGAUCUUCUUUUAGGAAAAAAAUCGUUGUCUUUGCGAUGCAGAGGAUUGCAAAGAAGUGUUUGCAUUGAUAAAGUUAAUGAAAAUACUCAUGAUGAUGAGAGCACUGAAACUCAUAUAUUGAGUGUUGGGAAAAAGUUUGGUGAGCAACUGAGCACUAAGAACCAUGGAUCUCCGGUACUGUCUACUGAUGGACCUUUUGUUGACAAUGAUGAGGAAACUAACAAUGCAAUCCUUCAGCAAUUAUGCAACAAAGGAAGGGUGAUGGAUGCACCCAGGCUGAUCGAUAUUAUGGCACGUAAAAGCCAAAUACCCGACUUCAUUUGCUGCACAAACUUAAUCAGGGGCCUUAUCAAAAUCGAUCGGAUAGAUAAAGCUGCAAAGAUUCUUAAAAUCAUGGUCAUGUCAGGUGGGGUUCCAGAUGUUAUCACCUACAACAUGAUGGUUAGUGGUUUAUGCAAGAGCGGAAGAAUAAGAUCUGCAAUUGAUGUCUUGGAAGAAAUGAGCAUGAGUGGUUGUCCUCCAGAUGUGAUUACUUACAAUACGAUAAUCCGUUGCAUGUUUGAUGGCGGAAAUCUUGAACAAGCUGUCAGAUUUUGGAAGGAGCAACUAAGAAAGGGAUGCCCUCCAUAUCUGAUAACCCACACGAUUCUCAUUGAGCUAGUCUGCAAGCAUAGUGGAACUAUACGGGCUAUGGAAGUAUUAGAAAAUAUGGCAAUUGAGGGCUGUUAUCCUGAUCUUGUUACCUACAAUUCAUUGAUAAAUUUCACUUGUAAACAGGGGAAUUAUCAAGAUGCAGCACUUGUCGUUUCCAAUAUGAUGUCUCAUGGAGUGGAACCCAAUGCUGUAACGUACAAUACACUUCUCCAUUCUCUCUGUAGCUGUAGGUUAUGGGAUGAAGUAGAUGAGAUCCUUACAAUUAUGAAAGAAACAUCGCAUUCUCCCACUGUUGUUACUUACAACACACUAAUUAAUGGAUUGUGCAAGUCUGGCAUUGUGGAUCGAGCCAUUGAGUUUUUUCAUCAAAUGAUAUAUGAAAAUUGUUCGCCCGACAUUGUUACUUACAACACACUCCUUGGUGCACUAUGUAAAGAAGGAAUGUUGGAUGAGGCUCUUCAAGUACUUAGCUAUUUAAGCGGCACAAGCUGUUCUCCUGGUUUGAUAACUUAUAACACUAUGAUUGAUGGAUUGACUAGAAGGUGCUUUAUGGACAAGGCAAUGAACUUAUAUAAUCAGAUGAUCAAAAUUGGGAUCACCCCUGAUGGCAUUACUCAUCGGUCAUUAGUUUGGGGAUAUUGCUUGGCAAAUCAAUAUGAGGAAGCUGUGGAGAUACUUAGAGAGAUGGGUAAGAAAGACCACAGGAUCAAUGGUAAUGCUUAUCAAUUGGUGAUUGAUGGAUUAUGCAAGAGUAAGAAGACGGAUAUUGCGAUAGAAGUUCUAGAAAUUAUGAUCUCGGGUCGAUACAGGCCGGACGAUGGAAUUUAUUCUACUAUCAUUAAAAGUUUGGCAGAUGCUGGAAUGAAUGAAGAGGCAAAUGAAUUGCAUCAGAAGUUGAUAGACAGGAAAAUUCUUAAAGAUUAAACCGCAGAGCAUACUCAAUAGAAUAUGUUAGAAAGAUUAAGCUUGCUCUAGUUUCUUCAUAGGGAUAUAACGCAUGAAUGUAGCUUUUCUUUGCCAUACUUAGAGGUAAGGUUAGGAAAUUUUGCAGUAUAAACUAUAGAGAGCAUGUCUGAAUCGAAUUUCACAUGCAGCUGUUGUGUGCCUCGUCGAGUUUUUUUUUCAUGUUAUAAUGUGUGCAAUGAAGAAGCACCGUAAUACAAAUUGCAGAAUUUGGAAAAGGAUUCUUGUUAAUUCUUGAGGUAGCGAUCCCAUAUUCAUCUUUUUCACAGGUUGACAACAUAGUCGAAAGGUAGAUUGUGGGAAUUCGCUUCUUUUAAACUAAUGAAUGAUGCAGCUGACAGUUUCGAAGCCCAGCCAGAGAUAGGGCUGUGAUCGAGCUGAGUGGGAGCUUCGGCGUGUUUAUGUUCAGCGUGUUACAUGAAUGAGAGAUGUUCAUCUUUGGUUCGAGCUCGGUUUGGGCUUUGAAUACCGAGCUCAAACUCAGUUCAGUUGAUUUUUGUAAUGUUAAAUGUCUGGCUCAGAUUAGACUUGGGUUGUUCGUUCAUAUAGAUGCUAAGCGCCCGAAAUUUGUUACCUAGCGGCUCUUUUUAAUUUUGGAAUUCAUACACUUUAGAAAUGUAUUGUUAAUUUGGUUUCUCCUUUGACAUAUUUCAGGGACAUGUUGAGAGGUCUUUAUUGUUUUAGUUUGCUA